AUGGUCCGCCAGAAGAAGAGCAAGCAGCAGCCCGCCCCACAGCCACCCCGCGCCGAGAUCACCCAUGGCUGGCACAAGGACCAGGAGGAGAGAGACCUCGAGGAGAGCCUCUUCGGCAGGAGCAACAAGCGCCCAAGGGUAGCAGCAGACGACGACCAGAGUGGUAUGAGCGACCUCGAAGAUCACGAUCUCUUCACCGUCGACGCUCCCAUGGCGGACGACUUUCAAAUCGACAUUGACGGCCACUCUUCCUCCGACGACGACUCUGACGACGACGAGCACGAAUUCCGUGCAUUCUCCCCCUCCGCCAACGACCAAGACGACGAGCUCCACUUUGCCUCCGACGAUGAACAAGACGACGCCCACCGUCCCACCCUCGACUUUCCCUCCGGCCUCAUCGACCUCGAAGAAGAGUACGAGAAGCAGGCAAAGAAGGGCAAGGCUACGCUGUGGGAGGACCCGGCCGAUCAGAUGGUGGCUGUGGAUGUUGCUGGGGAUAAGAGGCUGAAGAAGAUUGAUAGGGGGAAGAGAAAGGCGGUGGUUGGGGAAAAGGUCCAGGGGAGGGUUUUGCAGGCGAGAUUACAAGAACAAUUUGAGACACUCCAUCCCCUCCCGGACUGGGCCAAGAACCGUACCCCCACCGGCACCCCCACCCUCUCCUCCCUCCUCUCCUCCACCAAAUCAUUCAUCGCCCCUUCAUCUUCCUCCACCUCCCGCGGCCCUCUUCCCCAAGGGACGCUCGACCUGAAGCGAGCCAAGAACGCCAACCAGACAAACCCCACUACCAACAAGCGAGAGUCCAAGAGCGGUCAGGGAGGUGUCGUCGACUUUGCUUGGCACCCCGUCAAGACGGUCGGCGUCAUGGCCGUCGCCGGCGGUGACAGACGCGUCCGUUUCUUCAACAUCGACGGGCACACAAACCCCACCCUCCUCACUCUCCACCUCCCCUCCCUCCCCCUCUCCAAAUCCACAUUCCACCCCUCCGGCACCUCCCUCCUCCUCACCGGCUCCCGCCCAUACUACUACACAUACGACCUCGCCUCCCAGCGCUGCCUCCGUUCCCCCCGCAACCUCUGGGGCUCCUCCCCCUCCCCUUCCGCGCCGAACGACCUCUCCCGGCAUCGCUUCUCCCCGGACGGCUCUCUCCUCGCCGUCGCCGGCCUCCGCGGCGCAGUCUCCGUCCUCGAAUACGGCCCCUCGGGCGCAGGCGCCCUCGUCGCGGAACUCCGAUCCGGCCGAGGCGGCUCCAUCUUUGCCCUCGACUGGUCUUUGUCGGGAAAGCAGCUGAACGUGUUGGGAGGGAGGGAUGGGGCGGAGGUGGAGAUUUGGGAUGUGGGGCAAAGGGGGAUUGUGGGCAAGUGGAGGGAUGAGGGGAUGAGGGGUGGGAACGUUAUGGAGAGUAGUGGGGAUGGGCAGUAUACGGCUGUUGGCUCCACCACCGGCAUAGUCAACCUCUACUCCACCCCCUCCCUCCUCCCCCCCACCCCCACCACCACCACCUCAUCCCCCUCUUUCACCCCCCUCUCCCCAACCCCCUACAAAUCCCUCGAACACCUCACCCUCCCCACCACCUCCCUCGCCUGGCACCCCUCCUCCUCCAUCCUCGCCACUUCUUCCUCCCUCCGCAAAGAUCAGUUGAAAGUGUACCACCUCCCCUCGGGGACGGCGUUCAACAACUGGCCCACCGACGGCACGCCGCUGGGAAGGGUGACGAGUACGGGGUUCAGUAGUGGGGGGGAGUGGUUGGGGGUUGGGAAUCAGAGAGGGGAUGUGCUUCUUUAUGGGUUGAGGCAUUUCUCGUAG